GGUCGGGAGGCGGCACGAUGCGCCCGGCUGCACCGGGCAGCAGGGCUGCCUGCACGGUUCCUAGUAUUUGUGACGCUAGCAGCCUCCUCGCCGCGCGCGCAAUUUGCGGCUUCCACACCGAUACGCAAGCAGUUGGAGCUUUGUGCAAUCAACGAGGCAUCGACGAGAAGCCAUGGAUCCCUCCCACUUGACCCCACGGUCGCUUGCACGAGUGCUGGGUGCUGUAGACCCUACUGUAUUAGAGCAGGCGCUUGCACGAGUGCGAGCCGAAGCGCAACAAGUACCACCAGCUCAGGACGUGAACGCGCCGAACGAUGGCGGCGACGACGGCGCGCAAUCCGCUGCGAUGGACCUCGACCUGCACGCGCCGGGCACGCCGCCGCACACGCCCUCGCCGCCCGCGUCGCCGGAGCCGUCGCCCGACCACCACGCCCUGCCGACGGGCCGCGCGCCGCCGCCGGUGCCGUUGCCCGCGGCGCCGCUCGUCUUCGCGGCGACGCCCGCGGCGGACGGCGCGUCCACGCUGGAGACGCUGCGCGACUACAGCAGGACGGUGGUCGAGCCCCGGCACGAGCUCUUCAUGACGGCCGUCGCCGACUCUCCUCUCAUGUGGUUCGGUAUCGACAUCGAGAGCUCGAGCACGGACCACCGGUUCGACACGCCGUUGGCGAUGUGCGUGUUCCAGGUCGACAAGCCCAAAGUACGCGUGACGCUCUACGUGUUGCCGGAAGACGACGUCCCGAUCACCGCCGAGGCCCUCUCGAUACACGGUCUCGAUUCGGACGUCCUCGAGGCGCGCGGCGCUCAGCCGCUGGGCGUGCAGCUCCGCAAGCUCCUCGAGUUCCUGAACGACUCCGCGGGCGGGGCUCGGAUCGUACUGGUCGAGCACGGCGAGAUGGACGCGCUCAUGCUCAAGAGCUGCCUCGGGAGGCUCGGCAUCGCGCCGGGGCCGCUGUUAACAGCAAUCGUCAUGGACACGCUGCACCUCGCAAAAGAGACGGUGCGCCGCGCCAACGUCGACCAGAAAGACCUGAAGCUCUGCUCGCUCUUCAAGGACGCGACGCGGGGCCAGGAUCUCGGCGACGCGCACCAAGCCAUGGUCGACGCCGGCGGCGCUGUGGCGGUCGAGGCGUGGCUUUGGGACAACCUCGGCAAACCGUCGCUGUCGCGCUUUGUCGACCUCUACGGGGCGUUCGUCUACGCGACGUGCGAACGGAACGCGGUGCGGGCCCUAGCGCGCGACGCCGGCGCCGCGUCUGCGACGGUACCGCCUUUGACGUCGCUCGAGGCGACGCCCAACGCCGGCGCGGGCGGCUACUUCGGCACCGGGGCGGGCGCGACGGUCGCGACGGGCGCGAGCGACGUCGACGCGCGCGACGUCGACGGCGCGGGCGGCCGCGACGCGGCGCCAUCGACGCGCGACGUGGCGACGCGCGACGAGACGCCUGGUGCCGAAGCUCCCGAGGAGGACACCGCCGUCGCGGGCGCGUCGCGCCUCUUGCGGAUGCUGAGCGUCACGGACCAGGCCUGGGUCAUGGAGCUGCGCCGCGACGGCCAGGGCGUGUCCGUCGUCGAGUUAUUGGACCGCGCGAUCCAGUUCCACGACCGGCCGGUGCCGAGGACGCUCCCCUUCCUCGCCACGGAGGCGCACGAGCGGAUACGCGCGGAGCUGGCGAACCGCGUGACGGCUCGGUCGAGGCGGACCCUGGGCUCUUUUGAGCGGGGGCGGCGGCCCAAGAACAUGCCGGAGUUCGGGGAGGAGGUCUUCGACUUCUUGUUGUACUGGGACGCCGACGACGACAACGCGACGCGCGCGCGGAAGAUCGAGGCGCAGUUCGACGAGUUCCGCGCCCGGCCGGACAGCUACGACCUGCUCGCCACGCUACCGGCCGAGGUCGACUUCGAGAACCUGGAGCACUGCGUCUUUUUGGAGUCGUGGUAUAGGUUCUGGAGCUCGUGCGCGGACGGCCGCGGGCGCCGGCCGUGGUUCAUCAACUUCGACCUGUCGUGGAGCACGAUGAUCGUCGCGCUGCGGGGCCACGUCAGUGAGAGAGACGUGGACGUCGGGUGGUUGGUGGGUUACGACCGCCGGUGCGCGGCGGCCGCGGCCGCGACGAGCGAAAAGCCGGCGGUCUGCGAGUUCUGCGUCUGGCGGGACGGCGUCGUGCCGGAGCUCCGGGGGCGGGACAAGCGCGCGCGCGUCGAGGAGGCGGCGUCGUCGUUCGCGGGCCUCGACGUCGUCGAGGUCGCCUACGACGAGGAGCUCUCGCUCCCCACCAUCGGCGCGCGCGUCAUCGUCGCCGACCACAUCAAGGGCGUCCCCAUCCUCCGCUGCUGGGCGUGCGGCGACUGCAACAGCCGCCUCACGCACUACUUCGACACGCCGUCGAACCCCGAGGCGGUCCUCUGCCGCUGCGCCGAAGCGUCGCACAUGCGCGCCGACCGCGUGGGCACGACGCCGGGCUGAGAGUCUCCGUGGCUGGUAAGAAAGAGUAUGUUACUUCAAGGUAGAACUUCAAGGGACAAGGGGGAUGGACGUCGCGUCGAUGGCGUGGAGGACUUCGUGGAGGUUUGGGACGUGAGGCGCAGCAAAGUUAAAGCAUCUGAGUUCGCUGGAACCGACGACGAGGAGAAGGAACUGGCUCCCGACCAGUCUCGACACGCGGAGCAGCGCGGCCACGCCAUCGACAACUUGCGUGGAGACGACAUAAAAAGGACGCCGCGAAC